AUGACACCCGACUGGUGCCGGGGCUGUCGCCGCUCAUGCUGGUGCUGGGGGGAAGGAGGGGGAGGAGGGGGAAGGGGGGGAGAGUGGGGCCACGCCGGGGAAUGGAGGAAGUGGAGGGGUCACCGGGGUGACGGGUUGCACCCGAAAAACCGUACGCACCAAUUGGGGGGAGUUGGAGCAGGGGCGAGCGGGCAUCGGGCUUACAUGAACCCUGGCACUUCGCCGAGAAGGCGCGCCCAAAACAGGGACGGCAACUGGGCUGUGCCUGGGCCCCCUGGAGGAGUGCUCAAACUGACAAUCUUGGAGCCACUGCACCAGUUUGGGUGCGGGGCAGGGAGAGGGGAGGGGGUUCGCGAGAACACUUCGGGUAGAAAACAGAUAUGA